CACGGGCCGAGGUAGAAGUACAAGGGCGGGACUGAACACAAGUACUGCCCGUAAUACAGGCUGUAUGUGCGGGUAUUUUCUCCUAAAGAUAGCAGUUAGCUUUGUGGAGGGUACUUUCUACAAGACUUUAGAUUAUUCAACUCGCACAACCAGCGUAACGUGCCUUCUCAAGCGCCUGCGUUUUAUUUUAACGGUUUUGUGAAUCUAGUUCUGCUCCGACUAGAAGAUGAAUUCACUGGGCAGUUCUUCCAAAUGGCCGUCUUACGACUCACUAACGUCCUCCUCGAGCUUUAUCUUCAGUGAGAGCGAGCACACUGAGGAUGAAGCAGACGUCUUCUCGGAGGGAGAAGGAGACAGCGGAUUAAGAAAGUCCCUCUCAGGUGAUGAAAGAAUCACACUCCCCGGACGUUACCUCAGUUUCCCGGCUCAUUCAGAUCAGCUGCACUCGAGGUCUAAGAUGGACCAGCCGAAACACUGCCCUGAAGAAACCAAGCGUCUCGGCACAGCCUCCUCUCCAGGAGCUGCCACGUUAGCCUCAUCUUCAGCGACACCUGGGGACCUCGCCUUCGCUCAGAAAUGUGCGGAUUUGCAGAGGUUUAUCUGCCCUUUGCUUGAGCUUCUUCAUGGACUGAAGGCUGGGCGCUUUGACAAAGGUUUAUCCAGUUUCCAGCAGAGUGUCGCUAUAGACAGAUUGCAGAGGAUUCUUGGGAUUUUACAGAGACCUGAAAUGGGCGAGAGAUACCUCCAUAACCUGCUGCAGAUAGAGAUGAUGCUCAAAAUAUGGUUCCCUCGGGUGGCAUUCCAGUCCACAGAUGUACCGAGUCAGACCUCCACUCCCAGACUCCAACCACACUGGCACCAGAAUCAGCUCCACAUGCCAGUUAAGAAGAGAAAACUGAGCUGGUCAGACCCCGAUGACUCCAGUCAAGUCCCAACCAAGCAGCUGAAGCACCAUGAACACGAGAGCUGCCGGGCCACGACCCCACACGACGCCGUUUCCACGUGUCUACCUGGAUCACCCAAAAAACAGAAAACUCCAGAAGAGUCCGUUGAGGCGGCCGAACAAGUAUUUACAUACAGCACUGGCACGUCAGGCAGGCCGUUAUAUUUGUGUAGCAAGAGAGAAAAGAUUUCUCUGCUCUCCCCGCGUGAGAGUCCAGCUACACAGGACAGCUCAGUGUCCUCAAGUGACAUCAUAACCACAACUGAAUCACCUUAGCUGGCCUUAAGUGACCUUGCUCCCACAUGGAGGUGCCACUGCAUGCCCGCCUCAGUGCAGGCAGAGGGCGGACUUGCUUACAUAAAGAUUAAGUUAGGCGCAGAGCCAGUCUGCAACGGCCGUGAGGCAUGUAACACCAGAGGAGGAGGAGGAGGAGAAAUACAGAGAGACACUUAUUAACCCUUAACCAUCCAGUGGGGUUUAUGAUUACACCAGAGUUCUUGCACUAUACUACGAGGAAGUGUUUAUUGUCUGUGAGAAUAUCACUUUUUAUAUUCAUUGACUUUGACUAAGUUAAAAUAAUGUUUGAAAUACUUUACAAGUGUAAUGCUUAAAGCAGUUUGUGCUCCGAUUUGUUUUUUUUUUUUUCAUAUCAUGGAACGCAGCCCCUACAGGAGCAGCAUAGGGUUUCGUAACACUGGUGAAAAACAGACAAAAAAACAAAAAAAAAAAAAAAACCCAGAUAUCACUCUUAUGUAAGUGAGAAAACACAGAAGAUCAUUGCUGGUAGAGUUUAAAUCUGGAGCCAUUAGUCAGUGUUCCAUAAAAUAAUAUUUCAAGAAAAAAAAUCCCCCAAUUCAUUUCUUAUAUGAGAGGAUGUGAUAAGAUCUUUUGGUUUUACUCUGUGGUCCAGCAACUUUUGAUUGCCAUUUUACACUACUUUUUUUUUUUUUUUUUUUUUUUACAUUUUAGAGACCAAAUUAUUAAAAGAUGAAUCCACAAAAUAACUGGCAGCUUAAAAGCAUACUAUGCAGGAUUUUCUUUUAAAAUAUAUAUACUCUUAAAAAAGUAAUCUCUCUCUUAAUAAUCACUCAUGACACACCAGCAAUGUGUGGUGGAGUCUGUAUCCACAGAAUACCUGCUUUCUGCUUGUAUUUUCUUAUUUUCUUCUUUUUUGUUUGGGACAUUUAUCGCCAAAAGCAGCGUGAGGUCAGGAUUCAUAUCUUUCCCGCGGAAUGACAGUAUACGUGUGGCGGUAGCUGAUGAUGAGACGGAGAUGUUUUUUUUUUUGUUUGUUUUGUCUUUUUGCGUUUUCUCACCUUAAAAUCUGAUAUUUUGCGGGCCGAUCGGUUCACAGCUGAUCAGAUCACAUCAACAGAUGAGAGGAGCUGUUUCACUUUCAACGCCUGACGUUCUGCUUCACCACCUCUGCCCCAAGUGCGCUAUAAAUAACCACAUUUUAUAGAUAUUUUUAUAGUGCUGCUAAUUAACAGUCCAGCUCCUAAAAUGUAUUUGUGGCUGCGGAUGAUUUAGAGGGCCAUGGGUUGGAAUCAAACCUGCAACCACUGCAGCAAGGACAUAACCUUUGUGCAUGAGGCUCCCGCUCUACCAGGUCAACUACUGGGUGCCACAGAUAACAUUAUUUCUUGAAUCCACUGCUUUGCUCUCAUUUACACCAUUUUCAUUUUUGACCAGCCGGCUUUCUCAGUGUGGUUAAGCCGAGGAGUUUGAAUAUUGUGUUUACAAAACGUAAGCGACAGUCUUGCAUAGUAUGCCUUUAAUUUAUAUCAAUAAUCAUUCUCGAACAGUUACAAAAAAUAAGAACACACAUUAUGAAAAAUGGCAUUUAGGAAGGUUAAAGUUGAAUUUUGCCUGCUGAUUGAUUGUAACAUGUUGGAGCAAAGGCAUCAUGCCAACAUGUGCCAAACAAAACCGUUUUGCAUUAUCACAUCAUACGCACCUUACGCCACACUUGCUACUUUAUUUAUUUAUGAGCACCUAGUGCAAACACCAUUUUCUAUGUAAAUAAAACUAGAUCUAGUUGCAAUUCUAGUAAAAGAGCAAAAUGCUGCAUGGGAAGAACCACAAUCUGAUAGAUCAGUAAUUAUUGAGGCAUUUAAGGAAAUCCAAGAAGCUUGGCUGGAUGUUAAUCUUACUCCAUUAGCAUAAAAAAAAACAUCAUAUUUCAUACAUUACACACAACUUUCAAGUGACUUUUUUUAUAUUGUAGAAUGAGCAUAAUAUAUUUAAUCCUUUGUUGAAUAGAUGUAUCUGCAUUUUAGGUAAAAAUGAGGAAAGGUUACACCAUUUGUUAACAUAAAAGAGUUGUUAUUUAUUAAAGAUCUGUUUAAGAGGAUCAGUACUUGAAAAUGUUGAGGUACUUGAAUCGGAGACUUUGUGUCAUUUUGGCACUUUGGAUGGAGCUAAUUGAAAAGCAUGAAAACUAAAUUUAGCUCAUUGUUUGCACAAAAUGCCCCGAAUAUGUGUCAUUGUGAAGAGAAAGAACAGCUUUUGUGUCCCAUUUAAAAUGGAUUUGUGUCAUGACUUGCUGUCGUAAAAUCUUUAUCACUCAAAGUGCUUUAUUAUUAUUAUUAUUAUUGAUUUUGUAAUACAGAAUAUCACAGAAAUGUGAGAAAAAAAACAAACUCUUUCCAUUCCUGAACACAUCUCUCUCUCUCUCUCUUUAAAAAUAACAUUUGGAUGUUUGCACCACCAUAUUUUAAAUCAGAUGUCAUUCAUGUUGAAUGGUGUUUCAUCUCUGGUGGUUUGUCACCAGUCAGCCUUACUAACAGACAUCAAGGUAAACAAAAACUUGCGUCAUCGGUCGUAGGAACAGUGUAUUAUUUAUGAAACGAUAGUGUAGUCGUCUCACCGCAUAUUAUGUCAUUGCAAACCAAAUGAGCUGCUGUGUACUCGAAGAUGCUGUUAGUCAUUUUUAUCUGCCCCUGAGUUUUGUUUAUUAACUGUAAACGCGCUGGAGAACAAUCGUGCAGUGUGGUGGUGUUUUGAAAUGUAGCAUCCAGCAGUGCAGGUUUUGCUGUGCUACGUUACACUUCUUUCAUUUGUGGAAAAGGAGAAAAACUGAAAGUAGGGUAAAAAUCUUAUUCCCAGUUGUAUGUCUCUGUUUGUGUUUCUCUCUAUUUCUUUGUUUCUUAUAAUGAAAUUGUCAUUAUUGGUGAUUGAUUGAUAAAUGCACAUAUUUUUAUAUAUUAAAUGAAUGAUGUGGUUCAUCAAAA